AUGAUACACGGGAUCGUGGAGCUCACUGAGGAACAAGAACAGGCAACCAAAAUUCACAGGAGGAUGGAGGAACGAUUGAAACGAUACAGAUCACUAGGCCACACAGUCAACCUUGUCACUUCGGAGGACAGACGUUAUCCAACCUCUACAAUCACCUUCACCGAAGAUGACUUGCAAGGAGUGCACCUGCCCCAUGAUGACCCUCUAGUAAUUUCACUACAGGUCGACCAUUGCCAGCUGGGAAGAGUUUUAAUUGAUGGGGGCAGUAGGGUUGACAUUCUUUUCUGGGAAGCCUUCCAGAAGAUGGGACUCGAAGAAAAUCGGAUCCGGACCUCUGUUGCACCAAUUUUAGGAUUUAACAGUCAGAGGGUAUACCCAAAGGGCAUUGUUCGGCUAACAGUGGUAGCUGCAGAACGCACCUUGCCUGUAGACUUCCUCAUCAUGAACUCCAUCACAAGCUACAACGCCAUCAUGGGAAGAAGUUGGAUCCACAAAAUGCAGGGGGUGGUCUCAACUUUGCAUCAAGUGAUGCGGUGCCACUCACCCAACGGACUUUAUACCAUCGACAUAAAAGGAUGCCAGAAGCAAGCUAAGAAAUGCUUCCUUACCCUAAAAGAGAUAAAUAAUUUUGGCACAUCCCCUCCUGAUGACAAUCCUAACAAAUAG